AUGUUAUACUGUCUAUUUGAUGAAGCAGAGUCAGUUUUUUGUUUUUCCAAUAUUAUAUAUGACAUUUUUCAGCUUCUACCUGCCAAAGUUCAAGUAGGAGUUUUCUCUGCUACCAUGCCACCUGAAGCCCUUGAAAUCACUAGAAAGUUUAUGAAUAAGCCGGUCAGGAUUUUGGUUAAGCGUGAUGAAUUAACUCUCGAGGGAAUUAAACAGUUUUAUGUGAAUGUUGAAAAGGAAGAGUGGAAGCUUGAAACUUUAUGUGAUCUCUAUGAGACUCUAGCCAUCACCCAGAGUGUGAUUUUCGUGAAUACUCGACGCAAAGUUAACUGGCUUACUGACCAAAUGAGAGGCCGUGACCACACAGUCUCAGCUACGCAUGGAGACAUGGAUCAGAAUACCCGGGAUAUAAUAAUGCGCGAAUUUCGCUCUGGUUCUUCUCGUAUUCUCGUAUUAUCAUAUUCCACAUGGACAACCACUAUCAUCUUUUGUUAUGUUCAUACUCUAGUGAAUUGGAUAAGACCGAAUUGGAUGUCUAAUGCGACUCUCCUGAUGGUUACCCACAAUGGCAUAAAUGCAAGUGCACCUGCAAUCCUGGAGACCAUUAAAGUCUAUAUAUAG